UCACCUGCCUGCCUCGCGCCAGAACCAAUCCAGCGGUCGCUCGGUGCGCACAGACAUACAGCAAGUUUCUGACGUCUGUUCUCGAAAAGAAAGGACUAAAUUCACAGGAUAUUUUUCACCUUUUUUAUUUUAUUAUUAAUUUUUGUGAACUUCUGUGAAAGCGAAGCCUGCGUGUGAGCGCUCCGUGGAUGAGGGAGGAAGUUACGCGUAAAGAGGGAAAUGAGGUUUACUGUGUGUGGGGGAUCUAAGGCUGUAAGUGACAGUGAGUGAGACGUUAACAUCAUUAAAAAAUGAGGGAGACCCUUCUUCCCCCCAGUAUGGAUCAGAGCUCAUCUAAAGAGGUUAUCUUGCAGUUUAAGAUUCCUUAUCGACAAUCUUUGAGUCCGUAACACAUCCAGAGGGAGCGUCUUUAGCCUCAUCACCUGACUUGCAGAGUGCUGAAAACAGAGGAGCUGGACUCUCUCUGAAAUACUCUCUGACUCUUCUCCUUGCUGCUCAGACGUUAACAGCAUCCGACAAGGGAAAGUAAAGACAAACAAACACUGUUCUAGUGUGUUUUGGUCAUGCAGAGGAGCUGACGGGCACAAGGGGAAAAGCAAAGUGACAGGUUGGCAGACUGCGAAAGCCCUCGCACUCACACUGGGUCACCAUGCCAGACGAGUCCCGAGGCAUCCAGGACGAGGGGAAGCCUGGAGCAGAAGCUUCGCAGCUGUCCUUGGUGCCAAAUAUUGUUGUCGUCUCCAACGACGGGGAGGGCAAAGUCAACGGGCGCAACAUCAUUGAGCUGGAGGACUUCACAGACAACUUAAAGCGCUCUGCUAAAAGCAGAAAUGGUAGCACAGGCAGCCUCGUCAUCGGAGGCGAGUCAGGACUCAGUGCAUCCCAGGUUUCCGUAGAGGUGGGAGUGGCCAAGACUGCACAGGCCCCCGAACCAAACAAAGCCAACUCUUUGGUGAGGGGAGCAGGUGCAGAUCGUGAUAAGCUACAAAGUGACAGCAGGGAUUCGAUGCAAAAGAACAGCUGCAGUGAUUCGGACUACGGGAGCUCAAAAUCCCUUCCCGGUUACGGCGGCGCGAGUUUAAGCGCUGAUUCCUGUGAUGAAGAGCUGUCUGAGCUCGAUGGAAAUGUAUUCGAAAAGGCUAGCCGGAUCUCUCCCAUCAAUCUGUCUGAAUCCAGCUUGAACACCUCUCAGCUUGAGCAAACCCCUAAAAACAGUCAUGACAACUAUAGCAUUGAUUCUAAAACUGACAUAACUACUAAAGCAAAAACGAAAAAUUCACUGAGUGGAAGCUCGCCAGAAUUACCCAGUGUUUCCCCCAGGGCCAGCCAAUCCGGAGACAGCAUCGACAUCAGGUGGGCCAACGAAGAUGACGACCGACGAAGCAACCUGUCCAGGCAGACUGUGAUAGAGGGCGUGUGCUGCUGCUAUCAGGCCACCCACAGGGCUUGUCUGCAGUGCGUGGAGGAGACUCCGUUAAUGGUGUCUGGACUGGUGCUGACAUUGGUCUUCAGUUUGGUCAUUAUCAUCGUCCUCGCCGCCACAAGGACAAUAAGCGAACAUGUGGGCGCUCUGUCCAUUGUUAGCAUUGUUCUUUGCCUGAGCACGAUGCUGCUCGUCUGCCUGCCCUGGCUGGCCACGGUGAGGCGCUGUCGAGGAGCGCUGGCCCUCUUCGUCUGGGGGAUACUAUACAUCACUGCGAUGGUCUUCGUCUUCACGGGCGGACAAGUGACAGCGUGGGAACAGGUCGCGUUCUUCCUCUUCCUCUCUCUCAGCGUGUACACGGUGCUGCCUCUCUCGCUGGCCUGGGCCCUCAUGGUCGGGAUAGGGACCAGUGUUUCGCACGUCAUCAUCAUCAGCGUCUACGUUCCUGUCACCAGACCAGAGACACCAGAUCUGGCUGUGCAGCUGGUGGCGAACGCUGUGCUGUUUGCAUGCGUGAACGCCGUGGGAGUUUUUCACCUGUACAGGACUGAGAAAGACCUCCGGAUAUCCAAUCAGAAGCGAGAGGAGUUCAGCGCCAUACGCUCCCAGAAGGAAAUAAAGAAAUAUCAGCAGGAGCAGCUCCUGCUGUCCGUGUUGCCACGGUACAUCGCCGUGGAGCUGAAGACGGAGGUAAUAAGCAGGCUGUCGAAUCCCAAGAGCGACGACGAGAAUAAAUCAACUUCAAACAACUUUCACAGCCUGUAUGUACGGCAGCACAGAGACGUCAGCAUCCUGUACGCCGACAUCGUGGGCUUCACGAAGCUGGCGAGCACCUGCACACCCGAAGAGCUGGUCGCUGUGCUCAACAAGCUCUUCGGCAGAUUCGACGAGAUCGCCAAGAGGAAUGGGUGUCUUCGCAUUAAGAUCCUGGGGGAUUGCUACUAUUGUGUGUCUGGUCUGCCUGACCCCAUUCCCACCCACGCCAAGAACUGUGUUAAGAUGGGGUUGGACAUGUGCACUGCCAUCAGUAACCUGCGAGAGGCAACCGGGGUGCAGAUCAACAUGCGAGUAGGCGUUCACACGGGCAACGUGCUCUGUGGCGUAAUUGGCUUGCAGAAGUGGCAGUACGACGUGUGGUCAGAUGACGUCACCUUAGCCAACCACAUGGAGUCCGGAGGUCUCCCUGGGCGGGUCCACAUCACAGAGGAGACGCUCCAACACUUGGACGGAGCGUACGAAGUUGAGGAUGGGGACGGGGGGAGUCGGGACCAUCUUCUGAAGGGCAGAACAACAUACCUGGUGAUCGACCCCAAGAAGCCACACCGUCCUCCCAGGAGGCACGGACUGCCCAGCCAUCUUACACCAGGGGAGAACAGGCAGCGAGCGUCACUGCGGAUGUCUCAGUACCUCCAGUCCUGGAAGAGCGUCAACCCCUUCGAAGGCCUAAGCAACCCCGAGGCCAGACGGCCCAAGAAGUCAACCACCGAACGCCCGGUUUCACAAGAUGACUGUUUGGUCAUUGAUAACAGUGUUAGGGGAUCGCUGGACACGCUGGACAUUAAAAGGAAGAGAGCAAAGAAGCUCAACUGUUUGACUCUGCUGUUCAACGAUAUCAACUUAGAGAAACAGUUCCGCUUUUCAGAAGUGGAGGGUUUGCACCACUCAAUGAGCUGCUUAGGUUUAAUUUUCGUCGCUCUUUUCACCGUCCAGAUGCUGGUCUCUAAGGCGAACUUCGUGAUGGCGGUGUCCUACGGUGUGACCUUUGCAGUGAUGGUGGUGUUCUUGUUCAUUGCUUUCACUGGAUACUUGGAGAAAUGGCGUUCCAAGAUGCCGGUGGGUGUCCAGUGGAUAUCUGGGCUAUCCCGCGGCGUCGCCACCAGGGCUGUGCUGCGGUUGUUUGUGAUCAUUAUCUGUGUGCUCAUCACUCUGCUGAUGGCCAUGCUCAACCUUCACUUCCUUCCUGGAAAUAACUGCACCAGCAUAGCCAACACCACAGUGUGGGAAAGUUUGAAACUCCACACGCUGCCUUAUUACCUGUACUGCUGCCUGCUGGCCAUGCUGGGAGUGAUUGUGUUCACCAGGACGUGCAUGUCUGUGAAAACACUGCUGCUCACGCUGGCUGUCGUGGUUUACCUCGCCCUCUUCCUCUAUGUUUUCGAGUCAAGAUCAACCUGCCUCAUCGAACUGUUUUAUAAUGGUUCCAAGCCCGGAGUCCUGAAGGACCCUCAAAUCAUGUCUGGGAUUUGGCUGUCCAUCUUUUACAUUGUAUGCAUCAUACUGGCCAGACAGGAUGAGCUGAGCUGCCGUGUAGAUUUCCUGCUGGAGCGCUGCUUCAAGACCGAGAGAGAUGAGAUGGAGACCAUGGAGAACGUCAACAAGCUCCUCCUGCAGAACGUCUUGCCACUCCACGUCGCCUCUUUCUUCGUGGGCAAAAACAUCAAUAACCAGGACCUGUACAGUCAGUCAUAUGACUGCGUGUGCGUGAUGUUUGCAUCGGUGCCUCAGUUCAAGGAGUUUUACAACGAGACGAGCGAAAACAAAGACGGCCUGGAGUGUUUGCGAUUCCUCAACGAAAUCAUAUCAGACUUCGAUGAGCUUCUUUCAAAGCCCAAGUUCUCCUCGGUGGAGAAGAUUAAGACCAUCGGCAGCACCUACAUGGCCGCUGCAGGGCUGACACAGUUGGCUCCGGGGGAUGAAAGAAAGAAAUGCGACAUGUCCUACAGCCACGUGCGCUCCAUGGUGGAGUUCGCCAUCGCUUUGAUGGCCAAGCUAGAAAACAUCAACACACACUCUUUUAACAGCUUUAAAUUGAGGAUUGGGAUCAACCACGGCCCAGUGAUUGCAGGAGUUAUCGGAGCCCAUAAACCUCAGUAUGAUAUUUGGGGGAACUCUGUUAACGUGGCCAGCAGGAUGGACAGUACAGGAGUACUGGACAAGAUCCAGGUGACCGAGGAGACGUCCCAGAUGGUCCAGACUGUGGGAUACGGCGUCACUCUCAGAGGAAAAGUGAAUGUGAAGGGGAAGGGGGAGCUCACCACCUACUUUGUUAACACGGAUCACACCUCUCCUGAUUUCUGAUCAAGCCUUCACUGCAGGCCACGGCCCAGACACAAGCUGCAGGUGCUUGUUGUUUGUCUGUAGCAGCCAAGCUCACACUUGCAUGACUCAUUCUGGGGUUUUCUUUUUUUCUUUUUCCACACGGAGAAACACAAUCAGUGUGAAGGACUUAAAAUAAAACACCACUGUAUGUUCAGCCAGGCCGGCAGUCAUUAUAGACACCUGCACGGCCUCUGUGUGAUGUGACGGCAAAGGUCAACACCCGGCAAUCAUUCACAUUCACCGAAGAGAAGCCACCUCAGACUGGUCAAAGGAAGGCGCACAACUGCGAGCAAGCAGCCGAAAGCAGGGAGCUUUCCACGCAUGCUGCCUACUGUUUCUGUACUGUAUCUGUGUUUCAUGUGAAACUGCUGCAGACACUUUUCAUUGUAUUAUUAUGAAAACAUUAAAUGAAAUAUGCUUUUUUUGGUACAUUGGUCGUGGCUGAAUUACACAAUACUCGUGUAUGAAGUUAGAAGGUACCAAAGAUCACUGCUGUCAUAUGAAGGAUCAUAUAGGAUUUACAUUUAGAGGAUUUUAUUUUAGAUUAUUUAUGUUUUUCACUACAGACAUUUAGGUUUUAGCUCAGAUAUCUUUACAUUUUUCACUUUUGUUUUUUGUUUUUUACUGUAUCGCUGCAUUUGCUGUCUUCUGAUAUAAUGACUCAUCAUUGAAGGAAAAACACUGGCACUGCUCAUAACUUUAGCUACGCCUGUGAAAGGGUUUAUAUGUGCAGCUGGAAACAGGUUUGGUAAUAUUUUUGCUUUAACCUGAGGGAAUCACAAGCUGUUCCAUGGGAUAGGAAAGAAAAAUAUUUGUGUAAAAUAUAUUUAUUUUUGUGA